CGGGACUGUGCGGCAGGAGAAUCUCACCAUCAGUGGGCAUUUAGCGCAGCCAAGCGACAGGCUGGCGUCAGGGCUAGGCUGUGGGGAGGCGCCGGCUGAGGCGGGGAGAACUUUGGCGCUCCUACCAGAACCACCCUUCCUGGCCAGUUGUGUCGCUCCUCCGAGGAAGCCGCGGAGGUGGCGCCUGGGCGAAAAGCCCGGCAGAGAAAGGAAGAGAGGAAGUAGAGAGAAGGAAGAGGGAAAAUGAAGCAGGCGCUCGGGGAGCCCGCGGUGGGGUGGCCGGCUGGGAAGAGAAAUAGGUUCAGCUGCUGCUUUACUGUACCUCGAGCGUGAACGCCCUCUCCUCUGCCACCCCAGUAAAUAAGGAGGUGUCGCCUGAAGUGAACAGCAAGAGAAAAGAAGCCAGUCAAGUGGGAGCACGGCUUCUCUCUCACUGCCGCCCCCUUGCAAGCCGGGCGGCUUCUCGCGGGGCCAGACGCUGCUCCCCAGGAGCCCUGCAGAUGGGGUGGGCAGGGAUCCGGAGCCCGAGCCGCGGGUGACCCGCGCUGGCCAGCCGGCCUGCCGCGCUUAAGGAGGAUGAUAGGCGGAGGAGCCCAGGGACCGCAUCCGACACAGCCCGGCGUCCGCUAAGCUGCAACUUGGAAUGCCCAGGGACCAGUUCGGCUCCGGCGACCGCUUCACUGUGUCCAGGGAAGCUGCGCUCCGGACUUGGAGGCGGAGACCUCAGGCGGCCGAGACCUCCGGCGGCGGCGGAGGGGAGAGCCGGGCGCAGGAGGGGGCGCGCUUUCUCCCUGCGGGUCUCAGUAAUGAGGAGACUGAGUUUGUGGUGGCUGCUGAGCAGGGUCUGUCUGCUGCUGCCGCCGCCCUGCGCACUAGUGCUGGCCGGGGUGCCCAGCUCCUCCUCGCACCCGCAACCCUGCCAGAUCCUCAAGCGCAUCGGACACGCGGUGAGGGUGGGCGCGGUGCACUUGCAGCCCUGGACCACGGCCCCACGCUCAGCCAACCGCGCUCAGGACGGCGGAGGCAGGGCGGGUGCCCAGAGGGAUGAGCCGGAGUCGGGGACGUGGCGGCCACCGGCGCCCUCGCAGGGCGCACGCCGUUUGGGGAGCGCCCUGCAUGGCCGGGGUCCGCCUGGCUCCCGGAAGCUCGGGGAGGGCGCCGGGGCCGAGACCCUGUGGCCCCGGGAUGCCCUGCUGUUCGCCGUGGACAACCUGAACCGUGUGGAAGGGUUACUACCCUACAACCUGUCUUUGGAAGUAGUGAUGGCCAUAGAGGCGGGCCUGGGCGAUCUGCCACUUAUGCCCUUCUCUUCCCCAAGCUCGCCGUGGAGCAGUGACCCUUUCUCCUUCCUGCAGAGCGUGUGCCACACCGUAGUGGUACAAGGGGUUUCGGCGCUGCUGGCCUUCCCCCAGAGCCAGGGUGAGAUGAUGGAGCUAGACUUGGUCAGCUCUGUCCUGCACAUCCCUGUGCUGAGCAUAGUGCACCACGAGUUUCCGCGGGAGAGUCAGAAUCCCCUGCACCUACAACUGAGUUUAGAAAAUUCAUUAAGUUCUGAUGCUGAUGUCACUGUCUCAAUCCUGGCCAUGAACAACUGGUACAAUUUUAGCUUGUUGCUAUGCCAGGAAGACUGGAAUAUCACCGAUUUCCUCCUCCUUACUGAGAAUAACUCUAAAUUCCACCUCGGGUCGAUCAUCAACAUCACUGCUAACCUGUCUUCCACCAAGGACCUCCUAAGCAUCCUGCAGGUCCAACUGGAGCACGUUAAGAAAGGCACACCCACGAUGGUGACGUUCGGUUGCGACAUGGAGAAUAUCCGGCAGAUUUUUGAAAUUUCCACCCAGUUUGGUCUAUCACCUCCUGAGCUUCACUGGGUUUUAGGAGACUCCCAGAAUCUGGAGGAAUUGAGGACAGAAGGCCUGCCUUUAGGGCUCAUUGCUCAUGGAAAAACAACACAAUCUGUCUUUGAGUACUACGUGCAGGAUGCCAUGGAGUUGGUUGCAAGAGCUGUAGCCACAGCCACCAUGAUCCAACCAGAACUUGCUCUCCUUCCCAGCACGAUGAACUGCAUGGAUGUGAAAACCACAAAUCUGACUUCUGGACAAUAUUUAUCAAGGUUUUUAGCCAACACCACCUUCAGAGGUCUCAGUGGUUCCAUCAAAGUCAAAGGUUCUACCAUCAUCAGCUCAGAAAACAACUUUUUCAUCUGGAACUUGCAGCAUGACCCUAUGGGGAAGCCAAUGUGGACUCGCCUGGGCAGCUGGCAAGGGGGAAGGAUUGUCAUGGACUCUGGAAUAUGGCCAGAGCAGGCCCAGAGGCACAGAACCCACUACCAGCACCAAAAUAAGUUACAUCUGAGGGUGGUGACCUUGAUUGAACACCCAUUCGUCUUUACAAGAGAAGUAGAUGAUGAAGGCUUAUGCCCUGCUGGACAGCUCUGUCUAGACCCUAUGACCAAUGACUCUUCCAUACUGGACAGUCUGUUUAACAGCCUCCACAGCAGCAAUGACACAGUACCAAUCCAAUUCAAGAAGUGCUGUUACGGGUAUUGCAUUGAUCUGCUGGAACAGUUAGCAGAAGACAUGAACUUUGACUUUGACCUCUACAUUGUAGGAGAUGGAAAGUAUGGAGCUUGGAAAAAUGGUCACUGGACUGGGCUGGUUGGCGAUCUCCUGAGUGGAACUGCCAACAUGGCAGUCACUUCUUUCAGCAUCAAUACCGCACGAAGCCAGGUGAUAGAUUUCACCAGCCCUUUCUUCUCAACCAGUUUGGGCAUCUUAGUGAGGACUCGAGACACAGCAGCUCCAAUUGGAGCCUUCAUGUGGCCACUUCACUGGACCAUGUGGCUGGGGAUUUUCGUGGCUCUGCAUAUCACUGCCAUUUUCCUCACUCUGUAUGAAUGGAAGAGCCCUUUCGGUAUGACUCCUAAGGGGCGGAAUAGAAACAAAGUCUUCUCCUUCUCCUCUGCCUUGAACGUCUGCUACGCCCUUCUCUUUGGCAGAACAGCAGCCAUCAAACCCCCAAAAUGCUGGACGGGAAGAUUUCUGAUGAAUCUUUGGGCCAUUUUCUGUAUGUUUUGCCUUUCUACGUACACAGCAAAUUUGGCUGCUGUCAUGGUAGGUGAGAAGAUCUAUGAAGAGCUUUCUGGAAUUCAUGACCCUAAGCUUCAUCAUCCUUCUCAAGGCUUCCGUUUUGGAACUGUCCGGGAGAGCAGUGCUGAAGACUAUGUGCGGCAGAGCUUCCCAGAGAUGCAUGAGUACAUGAGAAGGUACAACGUACCAGCCACCCCUGAUGGAGUGCAGUAUCUGAAGAACGAUCCAGAGAAACUCGAUGCCUUCAUCAUGGACAAAGCCCUUCUGGAUUAUGAAGUAUCAAUCGAUGCCGACUGCAAGCUCCUGACUGUGGGGAAGCCAUUUGCCAUCGAAGGGUAUGGCAUUGGUCUCCCUCCCAACUCUCCACUGACCUCUAACAUAUCCGAGCUCAUCAGCCAGUACAAGUCUCACGGGUUUAUGGACGUGCUGCAUGACAAGUGGUACAAGGUGGUCCCCUGCGGAAAGAGGAGCUUUGCUGUCACUGAGACUUUGCAAAUGGGCAUCAAGCAUUUCUCUGGGCUCUUCGUGCUGCUGUGCAUUGGAUUUGGCCUCUCCAUCUUGACAACCAUUGGUGAACACAUAGUGUACAGACUGCUGUUACCACGAAUCAAAAACAAAUCCAAGCUGCAAUACUGGCUGCACACCAGUCAGAGAUUGCACAGAGCAUUAAACACGUCAUUCGUAGAAGAAAAGCAGCCACGUUUCAAGACAAAACGUGUGGAAAAGAGAUCCAACAUGGGACCCCAGCAGCUCAUGGUAUGGAAUACUUCUAAUCUGAGUCACGACAACCAACGAAAAUACAUCUUGAGUGAAGAGGGAGGACAAAAUCAGCUGGGUACCCAGACCCACCAGGACAUCCCUCUCCCUCCAAGAAGAAGAGAGCUGCUCCCUGCCCCACUGACCACCAAUGGGAAAGCAGACUCCCUCAAUGUAGCUCGGAACUCAGUGAUGCAGGAACUCUCUGAGUUGGAGAAGCAGAUCCAAGUGAUCCGCCAGGAGCUGCAGUUGGCUGUAAGCAGGAAGACAGAGCUGGAGGAGUAUCAAAGGACCAACCGGACUUGUGAAUCCUAGGCAGUGCCAUGGCUCCCCUUUCUCGACCCUUGGUAUUCUGAAGCCCUUGAGGCACUUUGUAAAGCUCUUUUGUAUUGACUGACAAAAGUAUGGGGUCUCAUGAGGUCUGCUGUUAUCACCCAACACGCAGCAACAGCAGCAGCUCUUCCCACACAUGGCCCCAGGUCUCCAGGGUAGAAUCUUAUCCACAGCAGGAACCUAGACUUAGUCAGGGGUAAAGUCUGCAAGCAGACCAGUGAGCAGCCAGAGAACGCUGGCUCCUGUCAACCUUUUUACCCGGUGCCACGAUAAUAUUUCUUGUUUUUAAUCCUUUCUCUGCACUUCUACAAGAGAUAAAAAUUGUUGCUCAUACCUGUCUUACUGGGUUGGUUUUUAGUAUUAUUACAAAAUAGAAUUAUUCAAGUUUGCAGAUUUGUUACAACUCCCCAAUCUAGAUUUGAUCUUAUAAUCUGAAUAAGCAGGGUAGGAGUCAGGAAAACACGGGGAGAUCAGGUAAAAUUAAAAAAAAAAAAAAAAGAAUAGCGCUCAGAAUUGCCACAGGUAAGGACUGCCUGUCUAAGUUAGCACCGCACACAGGAGCAGCUCCGGGUCUCUGAGCCCACCCCACCUAACAUUCAGCACGAACAUGAGGCUGCACCACCAUGAAAGAGGAAGGGAGUGAGAGCCGAGGGCAGGCAGACAGGGAGUUAGCCACGCACAAGGUACAUUCAAAACAAAGCUCUGGGCCAGAAAGGCAAUUUGGCUACAGAAUAUACUGCACUACACUUCUAAUGUAAGCAUCUCCACCAUAGCGUGUGCCUUUUACAAAGGAGAAACAGAGCAAGGCCACGGCCUUAGCAGGAGCCUGUGCUAUCCCACAGUUAAUGCAUUAACAGGGUCUGGGAGCUACCAGGAAGAUGUUUUGCAUACCACCCGUGAGGCUGUUUUCAUAUCAGUGGUGACCUCUUAACCCUAGGAACCCCAGAAGUACCCAGGCGGUUGUGACCACCACACAUCAAAUGCUGGCAUCUGCCCUGUCUCACCAUCCUUACACUUCCUGGUCUCUGACGAACCAUGCUAAGUUCUAGUCUCCUGGCUCCACAUAACAAAUGAGCAGCCGCUCUGCUCAGGCCCAACCUUCUAGUCACACUAUUACCAUGAGAUCUCUAGACUCCCUAUGUUCCCAAAGGCCCUCAUCCAGGUGCCGACUGCCAGGAGUUACAUUAGGAGGGCCUGGCGGCGGGCUCAGAGCCCUAACACUAGCCUGCACCCCAGAACACACCACAGUCCUAAGGUUACUCCCAGAGAAGCACCACUCUGGAAGUCUGGCUGCCUCCAGGUGCGGGAGCAGGAAGGGGAGCCUGCUGUCUUUGACUUCAGCACUCAACUACUGACUGGUUUCCUCAACCCCACCUUAACACCAGAGCUCCUGCCAUUUAGAAGUAGACUUCCCUGUGGAGCAACGCUGAUUCAUAUUCUCCAGACUCCCUUGUUCAGUUAUUUUCAUGUCUACAAUGAAUGCACAACACUGCGCCACCCACCAAGUGCUCAUGUCAUUAAAUGGGGGCCUCUGUCGUAAAACUGCCCCCACUUCAGGACACAAUGUCUGCAUUCCAAGAGCUGCAGAGACCCCCUGGAUAAAGACGGUGCCCGAAGUUGUAAUCAGAGCACCUGAACAAUGAGUUAAAUAGCUGGGUAAACCUAGGAGUACAAGUAAGCUCAGAUGCUCAAGAGGAGUCAGGGGGCUGUAAAAAGACUUCAGCCUCACAGAUUAAGCAUUACAAUGAGGAGGAGCCCUGAAGCGAGAGGGCAAAGCGCUUUGCAACACCCUCAUAGCCUCCUGCACUCUCACCCCAGAAACCUCAGCUGCCUUUGUAAGGUUCCACACUCCAGCCAUUCCCACCUAACUCUAACAGACACCCUGGAGACACUAUUCCCAGCAUCCCUGGAUCCCUGCCCAGCCUGCAAGGCUGAUGUAUCAUGUACCUCAAGUCACAUGUCAGCCAUGUUCCUGCGGUACGUGGACAUCUGUGCAACAACUCCUACUCUGAAUGCACCCCGAGAGAGGCUGGCUAUUUAAGGGAACACAGAGGUGAAUUCUUUUGUAAAGAAUCCUUUUGUAAUGCAACCAAUUCUCCCUUCCAGUAUCUGUUUUGUAAGUUUGGAUUUUUGUAUACCUGCUUUAUCUUAAGCUUCUCUACUGAGGCAUUCUGAGUAGUGGUGAUCACUUUGCAGAGCAUCCUGCCUACCCAGAGGGCAGAGAACCAGUGCAUGCUCUUAAGAGGAACUACUUGGCCAACACUGUGGCCAAGAUGCAACAAGGAGCAACAAGAGUAAAAUAGGCUUAUGCUGUCAGCAGCACUGCUUAAAAUGCUUUCAAUGUCCUGGGUGAAAAAAAAAAAAAAACCCUAAUUGCUUGUGAAGCAGUUUUCAUGAUAAAUAGCAAAAUUUUUAAUGGUAGUAACUGAAAAGUGUUUUGCAAUUGUGAAACAGUGCUGUGUUUUGUACAAAGAUUUCACAAAAGGGAGAGUCCUUCCAAACCUUUGUUCUGCUCCCCCUCAGUCCCCUCACCUACACCUCAGGCUCACAGAAGCUCCCAGGGGCACGGCUGCUGGACUGAACGAAGGGUUGCUGCCUUGCCAUCUGAACUCCCAUUUCACGGGACCAGGAAACUCUCUGUUCCCAUCCAGGCUUUGACACUGGAAAACGUGAAAUAUGGCCACCUGUCCCACACACAUUUCAAGGGGAUGUGGCCCAUUCUCCAUGGGAGCCUGGCAUAGGAGACACACAGAGCAUGAUUGGGUAAGCUGGUUUCUUCAACUAAGGGUUCCACAGUGUAUUUGCCACAAGAGGAGAAAGAGUAUUCCUCUAACGAUAAAAGCAAGUUAGAACAUCUGGGACAGCCAAAGAGGAAGCCACACAGACCUAAAAAGUGGGAUCUGUAGUAUGCCAGGAUUUCCUAUUACACGUAAGACUUGCACAGACCAUGUUCAGGAAUGGCUGCUUCCUUUCCAGCUGAGAAAUGGUAUACGGAGUCAUGCAGACCAGAACAGCAUCAUCGAGGUAACUCCACAGUGUUGAUCUGCCAGAGCCUUGGAGCAUGGUUGAGCACCCCUUUGGGUGGAUCAAGAAAGGAAAAGAAACUACUUUGGAGUCUCUUUUCCUCUCAGCUCAUCUUUGGAAAUCCACCGUCUUCAGCAGAAUUGCUUUUCUAGUCAUUAACCCACUCCAGCACCUGCAUCGUUCUGUUGUGCCUUCCCCCGCCCACUCUCCCAUCCCUGCCAAACACGUCCUAUCUAGGAAUUCCCUCACUCUCUUUCGUUUAGCUGCCAAUCAUUUUAUGAAAAUGCAGUGCUUCUAAGUAUUUCCUAAGGUCUGUGAAGAGUGUUCGCUCUGCGUCUUCAUUUCAGUGUGCGUGCGACGGCUCCGCUCCAAGAGCUGAAAUGCUGUCUUGUGAGCAUGACGUGAACAGGCUGUUUUCCUCCAGCCACUUUUCUUGUACAACUACGCGGAUGGACGAGAUGUUCUCGGGUCUUUUCCAUCUUCGGUUUCUAUGACUGUGGAAUAAAUGUUCAGAAGAAACUUCA